AAAAAAAAAAAAUAAGUGAAGAAUAUGAGAAUGGAGUCCUUGCUUGCUUGAGCUUGACUCCUUAAUAUAUUAUUUGAUAUGUAGAAAUACGAGUUCGUACAUUGUUAUUAAUUGAGUUGACGUCCCUUGACUUCUUUUGCUUAUUUCCAAUAAACAUAAAGAAAUAAAAGACAAGCAUUUUCAAAGGACACCCAAUUUUGGUCUCUCUCUCUCUCACACACACUCACUCACUCACUCAUUCAAUGGAAUUGAUCAACAACAAGGUAGAAGAAGAAGAAGUUGAUGAUUAUGAUCAUGAAGAUGAUGACACAGACGAAGAAGAAGACGUAAUAAUAGCACAAGUAAAAUGGAGGAAGCACUAUUCAUCUGUCCAAAAAAUCCUCUUGGUUGGAGAUGGUGACUUUUCCUUUUCCUUAAGCUUAGCUAGAGCCUUUGGUUCAGCCAGGAACAUGGUGGCCACCUCCCUUGAUUCUCUUGAGAAGAUAAAGAAGAAUUAUAGCGAUGGAAUAAGGAACAUUAUGGAGCUAGAAGAAAGGGGUUGUGUUGUACUUCAUGGAGUUGAUGGAAAGCACAUGAGUGAUCACUUCUUCCUUAAAACCCAGAGAUUUGACAGGAUCAUCUACAAUUUUCCUCAUGUUGGAUUCCACUUCCCGGAAGAAAAUUGCUGCCAGAUCCAGAUGAACAAGACUCUGGUGAAGGAAUUUAUGAAGAAUGCGAAGGCUCUGUUGAGGAAAGAGAAUGGUGAGAUUCAUAUAUCACACAAGGAGGGUGACCCCUAUGAGAAAUGGAAUCUAGUGAAGAAAGCAGAGAAGAUAGGGCUGCAUUUACAUGACACUGUGCCCUUUUAUAAGAACGACUACCCUGGUUAUCAAAACAAAAGAGCCCAUGGUAGCUCGGCCGAUGCUCCUUUUCAACUCGGUCAGGCUAAUACUUACAAAUUCAGGCUAAUCACUCACCCUCUCUAGUUUGCUAAUUAUCUAUAUGUUUAAUAAAUGGAUCAAAGAAGAUGACAUUAUUAGAACUUGUUUGCUCCAUGCUAUGACUUGUUUCUUUUCUUUAUCUUGUGUAAAAGCUGCAGUGUAUGCAGACUAAUGAAACAUCAAGAGGGUGAAUUUCUUGUAUUGAGAUAUCAGAUUGUUGUUGUGAACUUGGAGCAUGCUCUUGGAUUCUAAGCUAAUUAAGCUGCAUAAACAUUUCCCCC